AUGAUCGAGUUAUCCAGGAGGAAGUCCCUUGCCUGGUUGAACAGCCGCUACAUUUAUGGACGGAUACCAUUAUUACACUUCAUCAUAUUCCUUAUCGAAUUAGCCAUGGCCACAAGGCUCAUAGUUAAAUUCAACUCCUAUUAUGCUCAGAAACCUGUCUUGACGACCAUGAUCACCAAUGCUGUGCUCGGUGGCAUCGCAGACACUGUAGCGCAAUCCAUAACUGCAUUUCGUGCCAGGCAGGCCAUAUUACCUACCUCUGCAGAUUCUAGAUCCCUCAUCUCGUCUGGCGUCGAACUUGAAGAUUUGAAUGAAAAGCCGGCACGUCUGUCACCAGUUCUUUCGCCGCGUUACUCCGGUCCUCAACCAUUCGACUUUGAGCGACUCACUCGAUUCAUGUCCUAUGGGUUUUUGAUGGCCCCAGUCCAAUUUGUCUGGUAUGGUCGCCUCACGAAAUGGUUUCCCCUGACCGCUAAGAGCGCAACUGUUCCUGCACUAAAGCGAGUCGCGAUGGAUCAAUUGAUCUUCGCCCCUAUUGGUCUCAGUGCAUUCUUUACCUUCAUGACCGUCGCAGAAGGUGGAGGCAAAAGGGACAUCCGUCGAAAAUUCCAGGAUGUUUUUCUUCCCACCCUGAGAGCCAACUACAUUCUAUGGCCUGCCGUUCAGAUUCUCAACUUCCGUGUCAUGCCUCUACAAUUUCAGAUUCCCUUUGUGAGCACCGUUGGGAUUGCGUGGACGGCCUAUCUAAGUUUGACAAACUCCAGCGAGGAUGAAGUCUUGCAGCAGGCUUGA